AUGGCUUUCAAAUUCAACUCUUUCUCUUUUGUAUCUCUUUCAAUUGUAGUUUCUUUUGCCUUUUCCCAUGUUGUUGCAGCACAUGAUGAUCGAAAGUUACUGAAUUCGUUCGAACAUGUGUCGAAUACUUUGGCUUUGUUCCAAUCACCUGAUGGUUGGCAACCCAUAGAUGUAAAUGAUCCUAAAGUGGUGGACAUUGCAAAAUUUGCAGUAAAUACAGAGAACAGCUUAUUAAAAAGCGUUCAAUUGGAAUUUGAUAGUGUGUCAGAUGGACAAUUUCAAGUUGAUAAUAACGGCACCACUUAUCAACUUACUAUUGUCGCCAUAGAAUUCGAUGAAGCAAAUGAAUAUUCAGCGGUUGUUUACGAAAAUUCCAAGGACAAUGUUAGAAAACUCAUUUCCUUUGAUUAA